CCCUCCAUGGAGACAUUAAUUUCACAGAGCUACCUUUACAAAUCUCAAUAAUUUCAAGUUAAUGGUUGGCUAUCACCUACACCACCAGUUUCCUGAAAAUGACAAUUCACAAGGAUUCAUGGAGUCAUAGGAACAACACAAUACCAAAAAUAUCGUACUGGAUAAUCCAAACAUGUCAAAAGUUACAUAUUGGAAAACUGGAAUAUUCACAAAACCGUGUAGAAUGUCUCAUUGAUCAAACCGUGAACCACACUCCCACUUCAAAGAAGACAUGUACCAAGAAACACAAGAACCUCCUCUGUUUUUGUAUUUUUUCAUCUUUUCCUCUGUAAUCACCACCAUUACAGGAACCACCACCAUCUCACCAGGCACAGCAACCCUCUAUGCUUCCAACACAACCCAAUCAUGGUCCUCCCCCAACAAAACAUUCUCCCUCCGCUUCAUUCCCCUGCAUCCACCACAAUCUUCUUCCCCUGCUUCCUUCAUAGCCGCAAUUAUCUACUCCGGCGGCUCACUCGCCAUCUGGUCCGUCGGACACGGCGCCACCGUGGACUCCGGUGGAUCCCUCCGGUUCCUUUCCGCCGGAAACCUCCGCCUCGUUAAUGGGUCGGGGUCCAUUGUGUGGGACUCUAGAACUUCAAACAUGGGUGUCUCCUCUGCUAUGCUUCAUGACAAUGGGAACUUGGUUCUCUCCAAUGACACUGGCUCUGUGUGGUCAAGCUUUGACAACCCCAUUGAUACAAUUGUGCCGUCUCAAAAUUUCACCAUUGGCAUGGUUUUGCGUUCUGGGUUGUACUCCUUUUCUGUUCUUAGAUAUGGGAACCUCACCCUCAAAUGGGAUGAUAGUGUGCCUUACUGGGAACAAGGUUUGGAGUUGAAUUCUUCCAUGAGUAGAGUGAAUUUUAGUUCACCUGUUUUGGGGUUGCAGUCAGUGGGAAUAUUGCAGCUUUCUGAUCCAAAUUUGAUUGCCCCAGUGCUGGUUGCUUACAGCAAUGACUACAAUGAAGGGAGUGAUGUGUUUAGAGUUUUGAAGCUGGAUGGUGAUGGGAAUUUGAGGAUUUAUAGCUCUAAGAGGGGUAGUGGGAUUGUGACAGUAAACUGGGUUGCUGUUGCAGAUCAAUGUGAGGUUUUUGGUUACUGUGGAAAUAAUGCUAUUUGUAGUUACAAUGAUUCCAACCCCAUUUGUGGAUGUCCAUCUCAGAAUUUUGUGAUGGUUGAUCCUAAUGAUAGUAGAAAAGGGUGUAAGAGGAAGGUGAGGCUUGAGGAUUGUGCAGGGAAGGUGGCUAUGUUGCAAGUGGACAAUGCAAGAUUCUUGACAUAUCCUCCUCAGUUUUUGAUCAAUCCUGAGAUAUUUUUCAUUGGUAUAUCAGCUUGCUGCGGAAAUUGUCUUUCAUCCAGUUCUUGUUUUGCUUCUACUUCCUUGUCAGAUGGAACUGGACUUUGUUACAUAAAGACAGGUAAUUUUCUUAGUGGUUAUCAGAAUCUUGCUCAACCUAGCACUUCGUAUAUCAAGGUUUGUGGACCAUUGGUUCCAAACUCACCACCUAAUUCCUUGGAGAAUGCUAGAGGAUGGAAGCAUCAGAAGAUACAUUCUUGGAUAUUAGCUAUAGUAAUUUUGAGUACCUUUUUUGGUUUCCUUGCAUUUGAGGUUGGUUUAUGGUUGUGGUGUUGUAGAAAUAGCUCAGGAUUUGGAGGGUUUGCUGCUCAGUAUCUUCUUCUUGAAUAUGCUUCUGGUGCACCAGUCCAUUUCUCUUACAAGGAGCUCCACAAGUCAACAAAGGGGUUCAAGGAGAAACUUGGUGAUGGGGGAGCAGGUUCUGUUUAUAGAGGAGUUCUUGCAAAUCAAACUGUUGUUGCAGUUAAGCAACUUGAGGAGGGCACUAUUGAGCAGAGUGAGAAAGAUUUCAGGAUGGAAGUUUCUACCAUAAUUAGCACCCAUCAUAUGAAUCUAGUGAGGCUGAUUGGUUUUUGCUCUGAAGGGCAUCACAGGCUUUUAGUAUAUGAGUUCAUGAAAAAUGGAUCUCUUGAUAACUUUCUUUUUGUUGAUGAACAAGUGUUGAGUUGGGCGUAUCGAUUCAACAUUGCAUUGGGUGCUGCUAGGGGCUUGACAUAUCUUCAUGAGGAGUGUAGAAACUGCAUUGUCCAUUGUGAUGUGAAACCUGCAAACAUUCUUUUAGAUGAGAAUUACAAUGCAAAAGUCUCAGAUUUCGGCCUCGCAAAGCUCUUAAGUCCAAUGGAUCACAGACACCGAAACUUGACGAAAAGUGUGAGAGGAGCCAGAGGGUAUUUAGCUCCUGAAUGGCUUGCAAAUCUUCCAGUAACUUUCAAAUUUGAUGUUUACAGUUAUGGCAUGGUUUUGUUGGAGAUAGUGAGUGGUAGAAGGAACUUUGAAAUCUCAGAAGAAACAAGUGGAAAAAGGUGUACCAUCUGGGCUUAUGAAGAGUUUGAGAAAGGUAACAUCAUGGGAGUAAUUGAUAGAAGAUUGGUAAGCCAAGGAGUGAACUUGGAAGAAGCCAAAAGAGUGCUUCUGGCAAGUUUUUGGUGCAUACAGGAGGAGCCAUCUGAGAGGCCUACAAUGGGCAAAGUUGUGCAAAUGCUAGAAGGUGUGAUAGAUAUUGAUAGGCCACCAGUUCCAAAAUCCAUUAUAGCAGGAUUUUCUAAUGGAAUCAAUGGGAGUGUCUCUGCUAUAUCCACUAUUCCAACCUCAUUAGGUCCAACUUCUUCCCCAUCAUCAUCUUUGUUGGCUUCAGCUGGCUUCUUCUACAAGGGACCCUGAAUGAACGUGACUUCAAUCCUUUUUUAUUUAUUUAUUUUAAGUUAAUACACAUUCACAUCACAAUGUUAUUUUAGUUUAAUAUUUAUUAAUAUGUGUAAAAAAUAUAUCACAUUAAGUUACAAAUUUCAACUCAAUUCACCUACC